UUCGCUACUUUUAGCAAUUUGAAUCUGGCAACCCUGACUUCAACUCUCACUCAGUCCAAAACAACACUGCGUCAGGUGUGGAGGCGUCAGGUGUGACACACGUGAGAAGAACACUGCCAUAUAUGCCCUCGGCAGGAGUCUUUGACUAAGUCUUCUCGUAGUUAAGUGAAGAUGGAGGAGAAAACAAUGUUGUGCGGAUAUUACAUGAGGUGAGAGACCCUCACAGGAUAUACACUCUGCCGGAGGUGAGAGACUCUCACAGGGUACACACUCGGCCGGAGGUGAGAGACCCCUCAUAGGCUACACACUCGGCCGGAGGUGAGAGACCCCUCAUAGGCUACACACUUGGCCGGAGGUGAGAGGCCCUCAUAGGCUACACACUCGGCCGGAGAUGAAGGCAAUAUUUGCACAAGGCUCUACAUGAGGACUAUAUCCUGACAAGGCCGUCCUUAAAAUGGUCACUAUUUUAGGAGAUGUCCAUUUUUGGACUCUCCGUGAUGACGUGAUUGUUAAAGAUGCAGAUUUUGGGGUUUAUAGAUAUCAAGAUAAAAACAAUGUGAGUAAGGAGCGUGUGUACUAUGAAGAUAAAAGGCAGUACCUUGAAGCCCGAGGUGGGGUGAUGACUCCAAAGAACAGUCGUCCUGCUAAAUUAAGAGACUCGCUUAAGGAGUUUGAAGAGCUGGUGUCAAGAGAGAGAGUAGUUUGGGAAGGCUGGCAGUCACAUGUGUUAUAUCAGAUAAUAUUUGCUUCAGGAAUAAUUGUACUGAUGACUGUCAAUCCAAGCACAGGGGAUCUGACCAGAAUUAUGUUUGACAAGUUUUUGGUGGGAAAGCUUCUGUCUGAACAUCUUGCCAAUGUUGUUAUGACAAAGCACCACAUGCUGUUUUCCUACAAUGAAUGUCGAUUGUCAGUGGUGCACUUAACACGUUCUCCACCAGAGGGACAUGUAUUGGAGAGAUUAUCUACUAUGGAUCCUAAAAUACAUACGUGUGAAGUUGCUGGACCAUCAGGUCGUCGCUUUGAAAGAAUGCUAUCUGCAAAUCUUUCUGGUGAUAUGGUGGUGGUAUGGUGGAAGACCAGUGAGGAUGAGGUGUAUCCUUGGAGUCCAUUAGCCAAGGACCGUGACCGUGCAAACAUUCUUGUGUAUGCCCUGUAUGGAACUACUCUUGAUUUGGUGUGUUACUGCCGCACAGAAAUGGCACCUCUCAGUGUAUCUUUCAGCAGAGUACAGCCAAAUGUCCUGCUGACUGUGGAACAAGGCUUUGGAAAGAAGGGAGGUGUGACGGUGCUCAGCUGUGUGUAUGAGGUAGAGAGAGGUGCAUUACAUCGUGUAACAGUUACAACAAUCCCCUUGGAGGCUCCUUUAAUGGCACACUCUCACAACCCAGCUGAGGAUCGUUUACUACUGGCGUGUAACAAUGGAGUCUUGGCACUACACUGUGAUUCUCGUGGUAUGACACAUGUAACAAAAGCAGGGCUGAUCCCCUCUAAUAUUGCUUGGUUGGACUCUGGAAACAUAGUAAUUGUGAGUAAUGAGCGAGGACAGAUUCAGUGUUUUGAUCUUGCAUUGUCUCUCAUUAGAAUGCAGUUGGUUAUGGAAGAUCCAAAUCCUCAGAGAAUUUUGGACUUUUCUGAGCACUUUUGUCAUCAACAAUCCCUGUUAAAGCUUUCCUGGGCCCCAACUAGAAAACUUGAAGAUUCUCAGAUAAAGAAUAAUCCUCACUUACUUUUGCUCCAUUAUAUCCGAGGUCCUAUAGCUUGUCUGCGUGUUGAUGUCAGUGUUAUGAGCAGAGAUGAACUGACAGCUUUGGGUCUAGUGGCCCAGUACAUCAAACAUCGUCAACUGGAUGAAGCUGUGAACUUGCUGGUGUCUCUCAAUUGGGAUCAAGAAGGGCCAAUGGCCAUGCAGUGUUUAACAGCCAUUGCCAACCAUCUUUUACGGUUACCAGUCACUCCCCAAAGGGAAACUCAAUUAGAAGGUGCACUAGGAAGCUUUCAUGUUCCAGUACAACCUCUCAGUCAGGCUGUAGAGGAGGAAUUUGGACCAGCUGUAAGGGCACUUACUCGUAGAUUCUUCUUUCGUGUGCUUAGAUGUGGUAGGCUAGAAAAGGCAUUUCGUUUAGCUCUUGAUUUGAAAGACUAUGACUGUUUUAUGGCAGUCCACUCUGUUGCUAAACGCAGGGGUGACAAUCAAAUAGCCACAACAGCACUGGAAAAUGCACGGGACCUAGAAUCAUCAUGUAGUUCUAGUGCUUCAUGCAGCUCGGUGCUCUAUGGAGAGUCAGGUGCUAGCUCGGGAUCCGAGUCUUGCAGCGAGUCUUGCUCCACUUGUUUCUCUGACAGCGGAUCAGCCAGUGGCUCAGAGUGUGGUGAUCACAGAAGACGAGGAGAGGACUGUGGUAAUGGUAGACUGGAGGUUAUUGCCGAGUCCAAAACUCCACAAGAGCUUCAUCAGCCUUCACAGUUGGUCUCGGGAGUUAAAUGUUUGUCAUUUAGUGACACCCGAGCCCACAGUGGUGCUAUAGCAACAGCCACAUCGGUGGACUAUUCUACUUCAUCACAGACCCAUGCCACAGCUAUCACAUCUCAAGAUGGCACUGUCACAAUCAACAUUCGACAGCCAGAUCGCACUCCCAAAAGAGCAGCUGGUCAUUCAGUUGGCCCAUUUGCAGCAAGAUCUAGUACCCCGGCAGCCAUGACUCCUCGAGGAAGCAACACAAGGCCGCUGAAGACAGUGAGGGAGGUGUUCUAUUCAUCAGACCCAAAUGAAGAGUUUGUUGAUUCUGAGACGGUUUCAGUGUAUGUCGAUAAGGAUGAAUUACAAAAUCAAUAUGACCGUGCUGUAUAUCAUGGUUUUGGAAGAAACUUCUUUGAACCAAGAGGUGUCAACCGAAGAAGAAGAUGGGGGGACAGUGAAAGUGGUUCACUUCGGGGUUGUAUGAGGAAGAAUUGAUUCUUGUGUUACCAGUACAAACCGAAUGUCUGUCUUGAAAGCCUUUUAAUUAACAGCAUUGCAAGUCCUUCAUUACUGCAUGACAAUGAUUGAUACUCCAUUGUUUUGUUAUUGAGCUAAAAUAUAUAUUAUAUAUAUAUACAUAUAUAUAUAUAUAUAUAUAUAUACCAUGGUAGUAAGCAAGCCUAAUUUAAAUACUGUAUAACGGAUAAUUGCAUAUUUGGACUGCAGACUGAUUUCACCAUUUUUGGGAUGGAUUAAUAUGUUGUAGUCAUAGUCCAAUGGCCUCUCCUUGUUGCAUGAUUACCAAGAGAUUUUUUAUCAUUAACUUCUCAAUCGAUUGCUGGACUCUUCUUACCUCUUGAUGGUGAGAUAGCUAUAUCAUCUCUGUUGGAUUUUGAAAUUUAACUGUUUUGCAAGAGUCCUGUAUAGUUUUGCUUUCUUAGAUAGGCUGUUAUUUAGCCAACCUAAUAAUAGUGAUUCCUGUAUGUCAUUUGUAAUUGUUUACUGGCAGCUUUAUUCUUUAACCCUGCACUGCACAUCUGUGUUUGGCAAAAACUUCAUAGUGCAAUUGUUAAGGACAUAUUUUUGUUGCUUUUAUAAAUGGUCAGGUAAAGGUAAUGUCAAAAUGUUUCCAAACUCAACUAUUUUAAUUUCAAAACACCGAGUGAUGAUGAAAACAUUAAAAUAUAGCCCAAGUAAAAAAAAAAUGCACAACUCUCAAAAUGACAUUUGUUGUUUGGUGCAGUGCAGUGGUUAAUGUAGACCUAGUGAAAUUGGAACUUAUUUACAAGAGGGUACUUCAACAUUUUACAGGAAUUGCAUAACUAUCUGCAAGUGGAAUGCGUUUUAGUAUAAGUUUGUUUAAUAAAAAAAAAAAAAAAAAAACUGUACAGGAAUUCAAACCUGCAAAAUAAAAGGCUGUCUGUCAACUAGGCCAGGAUGCUCACAAUGAGAGUCUCAGAAAUUAGCUAACUGCUGCUUUAUCUGAAAUUUUAAAUCCUUUGGCAUCCCUUUCAUCCAUGUUAUACAAAAUGUAAUCAACAAUAUCAUGGGUAAUAACAUUUAAUUCACUUGGAUCAUCAGGAGGGGUGCCGAGGUUUCAGAUUGUGGAUAAAGGGCAAGGCCUGAGAACCUAAUGGGUUAGCAUUUUCCAGACAAUGUUAGUGAGAUGGACAUAGAUAGCCCACUACAAUAUUUGUUUUGGAGCUGGCUAUCGGCAAAAUGUUUUCAAGAAUUCGGUUUUCUGUAGUAUAGGCAAUUUCAUUAUAAAUAUACCAGAUAUUUGUUAGCUUGGCCUUGAAAAGAUAUCUCUGGAUAUCUUUGAGCAGAUGGGAGUCAAACCAACCUAGGCAAUGCCAGGUAUUUCCCCCCCUGACAAGUGAUAUAUAUAUAUUUAUAUAUGCAACAAUGAUCAAGGUUUUACUGAACAAGAAACUCCAAUAAAUUCAAUUGCUUGAUUUUUCAACUCUAAUAAGAAUUUGGGUUACUGCAAUUUUUUGCUGAACAAGAGAUCUGAAUAAUUUCAAUUUUUUCCAUUUUUGGACAUUUCCAAUGAAAAAAGUUGGCUAACUAAUAGGGGGCAUAGACAAUUUUUUUUUUUUAAUAAAUGGUGUACAUAUCCUGGUCUGAAUAUUUUAAGUUACUGUACUCCUGUGUCCUCUUCUAAGAAUAUUGUACUUGGGCAAAAAAAAAAAAAAUAGGCCUCUAUUAAACUCUGCAAAUAUAUCAUUACAAAGUUGUAAUAUAUUAGACAAAUGUAUUCCUUUCUUCAAAAGAUAAUUGUAAACACUGCUGAGAGUAUCCCAUUACAAGCAUGAAAAUUAAUGGUUUAGGUAAAGACUUGUCCAGAUGGUAGUACAUAAUUAAUAAGAUGUUCAGUUUGCCUUAUUGUUAUAAGUGUUGAUACUUUUAUAUUUUUAUAGAUUUGUUACAUUUAUAUAUAAAAUAUCUGCUGUAUAUAA